AUGGAUCUUCCAAUCUCUGUGCCUCGCCCUGCGGCAACCGAGCAUGGUUUCCGUGCCUCACACUCUAUGCCGAUCAACUACGAGGCAGCAGACAGCUGCCAUACACACUCAUAUCCUGCCAUUGUUACGCAAUCGCCAUGGAGGAAGAAACUAGCUUGGAUAUCUCAGCGUGCUAUUGGAAAUAGACAUCAGAGUGUCAACCCGAGUUCCCACGGCAUGUCUACGCUUGCUUCGGAACCUACAACACAGCCGUCAGAGAACUCAACGUACUCAUUUCCUUCUUCUACAAGUUCGCCGCAUUGGGUACGACGAAGACAAGAAGGCGGGGCUUGGGUUCGAGAGCCUGCGAGAAAACGACAUGCCUCGAACCGUGUGAGAUCAUCUUAUCAAAAAGCCUUCCAGGACAGGAUAGUCCGCAAACACACGAUUACUACCCUAGUGCUGGGACUUUUACUUGUCACGCUUGUUGCGAUAUAUCUGGCAUACACCCUGACCAUAAACACGCUAGAAGGAGAGGAGUUUCACGUCUUGAUAAUAGUCUUCGUCAUAUUAGUUGCGAUAUUUUUCUGUCACUCGCUCGCUCGGACGUGCAUGCUUGCCUCUCGCGUCGCAAGAUACGGCACUACUUUUCAUCAUCGAGUCCCCAGCGUCGCCGGCCCUCGAGGCUAUGCCCAGCCGGCAGAGCCUAUCCACGUCGUUCUUGCUCGAGAUGAAGAAGUCGUCGGACAAGAUCUGGGGCCUUCCUCGCAUGUCAAACUUGCGGCGCCCCCGCCAGCCUACGGUCUUUGGCGGAAUAGUGUGCGCAUUGACCCCAAUCUCAUCCGCUGGCAAAAGGUCCAGGCAGCCAAGGCAUCCGCCGAAAACAGUCAGGCCGAGUCCUCCCAAACCGUCAAUUCCAAUCGGCCGCCGAGCUAUAUUUCGGAGAAUGGGGUGGACUAUGUGAUUGAAGCCCAGCCAAGGUCGACGGUAUCUCACCAUAGCGGAUCUGGGACAGACAUAGUACAGGGCAUGCGAGAAGACCAGAUACAGGAGCUGAGGUAUCUCUCUCUCUCUCUCUCUCUCUCUCUCUCUCUCUCUCUCUCUCUCUCUCCUUUGCGAACACAACCACUUUACUUUUUAUUCUUGCUAACGCGACAGAAUAAUAGGCAAGAAACUGAACGCCUCUUCUACCAUGGCUUCGACAAUUACAUAGACUACGCAUUCCCCGAAGACGAGCUUCGUCCCCUGUCCUGCGGCCCCCUCACUCGCGACCGAGAUCAUCCAGAGAAAAUCGAAUUAAAUGAUGUGCUGGGUAACUACUCUCUCACCCUGAUCGACAGUUUGUCGACACUGGCAAUCUUGGCAUCGAGCAAGGAAUCGGGCACAAAGGCAUGGGAAUAUUUCGAGGAUGGUGUGCAAGAGUUUGUCGCGCUGUACGGUGAUGGCUCGUCGGGUCCGUUGGGCCAGGGAUCGAAGGCGCGAGGGUUUGAUCUCGAUAGCAAAGUGCAGGUGUUUGAGACUGUUAUACGCGGGUUAGGUGGUCUUUUGAGCGCACAUCUAUUCGCAGUCGGCGACCUCCCCGUUAGAGGUUAUUCACCUCCCGACGACGCCCGGGAAUUUGCGCGGGCUUGGGACAAGAGCUCAUUCGAGCCAGAUCAAGAAGGGAUCCUCUGGUCAAAUGAGUUCGUUUACGAUGGCCAGCUUCUCAGACUAGCACGAGACCUCGCCGACCGAAUAGUACCAGCUUUCUACACCCCGACUGGGCUUCCAUACCCGCGAGUCAACCUUCGCACUGGCAUUCCGUUUUUUGAGAAGUCGCCUUUGAACAAAAGAAAAAAUAGAGAACCCGGCACGAGGUACAACGGCGCACCGGAAAUUACAGAGACAUGCAGCGCUGGCGCCGGCAGUCUCGUUUUAGAGUUUGCUACGCUUAGUCGACUGACCGGCGACGGGCGUUACGAAGACCUUGCCAAGCGGGCGUUUUGGGCUGUUUGGCUGAGACGAAGCGAAAUCGACCUGAUUGGGGCAGGCAUUGAUGCAGAGACAGGUGGAUGGGUGGCCCCUUAUACCGGAAUUGGUGCUGGGAUUGAUAGUUUUUUUGAAUAUGCUUUCAAAUCACAUAUCCUCUUAUCGACUGGGGAUAUGCCUGAUUUCGACCCCAACACUCGUUGGAGUGAGCUGGACAGUUACUUCAUGCCACUCGAAGAAGACCAACACUAUCCGGAAUCCUACUUGCAGGUUUGGGAAGAAGCGCAGGAUGCAAUUAAGCAUCACAUUUAUCGUGGAAAGGGCUAUCAGCAUCCUCAUUAUGUGCAGGCUGAUCUUCAGACCGGUGCUACGCGAGCAUUUUGGAUCGAUAGUCUGAGUGCAUUCUAUCCUGGUGUUCUCACGUUAGCUGGUAAGAUUGAGGAAGCAACCGAGAUUCAUUUAUUAGCUACUGCAUUAUGGACACGCUUUGCGGGCUUGCCGGAACGUUGGAAUGUUGUCACUGGAAACAUUGACAAUGGUCUCGGGUGGUGGGGAGGACGUCCUGAAUUCAUCGAGUCAACAUACUACCUGUACAGAGCGACCAAGGACCCGUGGUAUCUCCACGUUGGGGAGAUGGUUCUGCGAGAUAUCAAACGCCGUUGCUGGACAAGGUGCGGCUUGGCCGGUCUUCAAAAUGUAAUUACUGGAGAGCACCAGGACCGCAUGGAAAGCUUCUUUCUGGGCGAAACGGCAAAAUAUUUGUUUCUUCUUUUUGACUCGGAUCAUCCAUUGAACAACAUGGAUGCUGCGUUUGUCUUUACUACCGAAGGCCAUCCCCUGAUUAUCCCAACAGACUACUCGUCGACCGGAAAGAAAACCCCUCAAUCUAGCAUCACAUUUAUCGUGGAAAGGGCUAUCAGCAUCCUCAUUAUUCUGAGUGCAUUCUAUCCUGGUGUUCUCACGUUAGCUGGUAAGAUUGAGGAAGCAACCGAGAUUCAUUUAUUAGCUACUGCAUUAUGGACACGCUUUGCGGGCUUGCCGGAACGUUGGAAUGUUGUCACUGGAAACAUUGACAAUGGUCUCGGGUGGUGGGGAGGACGUCCUGAAUUCAUCGAGUCAACAUACUACCUGUACAGAGCGACCAAGGACCCGUGGUAUCUCCACGUUGGGGAGAUGGUUCUGCGAGAUAUCAAACGCCGUUGCUGGACAAGGUGCGGCUUGGCCGGUCUUCAAAAUGUAAUUACUGGAGAGCACCAGGACCGCAUGGAAAGCUUCUUUCUGGGCGAAACGGCAAAAUAUUUGUUUCUUCUUUUUGACUCGGAUCAUCCAUUGAACAACAUGGAUGCUGCGUUUGUCUUUACUACCGAAGGCCAUCCCCUGAUUAUCCCAACAGACUACUCGUCGACCGGAAAGAAAACCCCUCAAUCUGCAGACGACGGUGUCGAUGGUGGUGUAUGUGAGAUUGCUCCACGUCUUCCACCUCUGGGCUCUUCUUCGACUGCGGCGCGCCCGGAUAUCUUCCACGCUGCAAGUCUGGCGCGUCUUCCUCUCAUGCAUACGCGAGACGAGGCUGGAGGCGCGCUGCUGGAAUUUGCUCAUGACCAUCCCAGCGUGACUGUUUCUGAUCUCUUUUCGCCUUCCAACUAUACUUUUUACCCAUGGACUCUGCCUCCAGAGUUGGUGCCGUACAAUGCAACGAGCGCGCCCAUGUCUAUCCGUCCUACGCUGGACAUAUCCUUUCCGAAUAUGCCGGGCUUGACACUGGGACCGGGCACGGUGGAGAGAGUCCGAGAUGGUAUUUUCCUCAAGGCUAUUGGAGGCGUGCGACUGGGGAUGGUACAAGACAAACCAAUCCAUUCAGAUGAUAACGUGACGCCCUCUGAAGGGUUCCGCAUCCAGGUAAUCAAUAACGUGCCACUUGGCAAAGAUGAAAAAGUAUAUCUAUCGCGGGAGAUUGCCUUUGGAAUUCUGGACUCGGAUGAUCCAAAUUUUGCGCGUGUGCAGGAUCCCGUGAUGUUGGAUAUUGUCAUCGACGUUGAGCCAGAGCCGCCGACGCCGGAGAAUUAUACAAUGCCUACUCCAGAAGAAGAGCAAGACGAGAUGAUGGCACCCCGUCGACAAGAGCCUAUUAUUCACCAGCAUACUGGACCGGAUGGCGGACUCGUCACGGCGGUUCCUCGUGCGUCGAGCGUCAAGACCGCUCUAUCGGCUUUGAUCAGCCAUGUUUCCUCCAUCAUACACGACGAACCGACCGAUAGAAGAAGACGGAGCGGGAAGAAGAGCUCCCAGUUUUUGCAGGAACAGCAAGAACAAGAAGGAGAACAACCACCUGACAAUAGUGUGGUUCGCAUGGCCAUCCCGGCCGUGAAUUCAAUUGGCCUGGGCUCGGCGUCUCUCCCAGAAGUCCCUGAUGCGGUCGUCUUCUCGCCCACCGGCAGACGAUCGACAGAGCGUCUCCGAUGGUCCAAAAUCUAUUUCGCAGACGAGCUCUGCGAUGAGUCUUUACCAUUGAUUGUACCACGCACGCACCAUGUGCUCGUGAUCAAGCGCGGAGGAUGCAAUUUCUCCGAAAAGAUGAGACGGAUUCCAGCAUACCCAUACUCAAAAAACUCGGGUCUCCAGCUGGUUAUCCUGGUAUCGUAUCAGGAGCACGAUGAAAGCACAAUGUCAGCGACGUCUGAACAAUCCCCUUUUCCUUCCAACAUACGUGCUGCUCUCAACCGGCCUUUUACGUCGACUGACCCGGCUUUGAUGCAGCCCAAGGCAGCCAUACUCUCGGAAUCGUUCUUGGUGCGGCCGCAUCUGGAUGCAACUCAGCACACGGCGGGUGGGUUUGUGAGAAGACACCCGAUCGGUAUGGUCAUGGUGGGUGGUGGAGAGGAAACGUAUAAUUUGUUGAAGAACUCGACGGGGCUGGGGAUUAGAAGACGGUAUGGUAUUCAGAGCCAGGGGGUUCCCAUUGCAAAUCUGCAUAUGGUUUAA